CACACCACAAAAAAGACUUGAAUAAUGAUUCCAAAGAAGAAAAAACUGAAAAAAAAGAGAAGAAAAUUCAAGAGUUGACGAUUGACACGUAGCAAAAAAUCUGCCCAGCAUGGAUAAGGACCCGCUAUCCUACGUGACUUUGACACAUACCAAGAACAAAAACGUUUCCCCCAAGCUUAUAUAUACCAAUCCAAAUUCCCCCGAGUUUGAACAGUCUCGACUCAUCCUUUAUUUUAUCCAUUCCUUUUUUUCCUUCUGAUCCAUUUUGCGUUCAAAUUCCGUAGUUUUCGUUCUUUGAAUUAUUUAUUAGUUUCGAUUCAGACCCUUUUGAUCAUUCUUUUCUAUCCUAUUAUCCCCUUAUUAAUCUAUAUAUCAUCUGGGUUAUUAGGGUGUUGGAAUUCAAGGUUCUAAAAAAGAUAAAAGAUUGAAUCUUUUUAUUAUUUUCUUGGUGGAUUUGAGUUUAGCCCUUUUGAGAUAAUGGCAGCUGCUGUGGCUUUUGGGUCUGUUAGGACAUCUUCUUCUUGGAUUCAAUUUAAGAACUCAUCCAAGAAGAAAGGGAAGGUUGACGGGAAGAAUAGUAGCAAAUUCCGGGUCUCCUGCGUUUAUUCUUCCGUGAGGGAUCCGUACCGGACUCUGAGAAUCCACCGGGGAGCUUCUGAAGCGGAGGUCAAGAAGGCCUUCAGACAACUUGCUCUUCAGUACCACCCGGAUGUCUGCAAAGAAAAUGACUCUGGUGUCCAAUUCCAUCAAAUUACGGAAGCAUAUGAAAUGGUGAUGGAUGAUUUGAGGGCUGAAUCUGAACCAGUUGAACCACAAAGGCAAGCCUACGAUGAAGGAAUAGAUGAUACAUUCAGAGGGAUGUUUGACCCAGAUUGGGAUUUGUGGGAAGAAUGGAUGGGAUGGGAAGGAGCUGGAAUUAGGGAUUACACCUCCCAUAUCAACCCUUACAUUUAGAUGAUGAUUUUUUUUUUCUGCAAAUGUAAGAUUAUGUCUAGUUUAUUUAGUCCAUAGUUAUGAAAAAAAUGCUCUCAUCAUCUCUAUGUUAAGAAGAAGAUGAUGGAGAGGUUGAUGAUGUAUAUAGAAUUGGUCAGUUUUAAGUUGUAAAUAUUCAUGCUUUUUUUAAUUAAAAAACUAUGGACCUUUUCCGAUCUGUUAACUUUCAACGUUCAAGUAUUCGUUGCUUUGUUUAGGAAAUGACGAUUUAGUCAAAUUAAUAAACAAUUCAGAGUCGGCCAG